UGGUCGAACAUGUCCUGGCUGUCAUCCGUUUCGUCAGCUGUGUGGAGCGAGAUGUUAGCAGGCAGCGUUAUUCCCCAUCACCGAGGCCCGACGUGUGUACUGCUACUUGCAUUUUACUGUAUUUUAAGGUUCUUAAAUCUUCGUUGAUCCUCCACGAAAGCAUUGGAGCUAGAGUUGCUGACGACUGUUUUCUCUCAAAGAAGGGUUAGGGUUAGGUUAGCUCUACGUAGCAACUUGCUUUGAAGGGCUACUUUUUAUUCUUGUGAAAAGAUGGACAUCAGAGAUUGCAUCGUAUCUGCUCCGGGAAAAGCAAUUCUUCAUGGAGAACAUGCAGUUGUACACGGAAAGGUCGCACUUGCUGCGAGUUUGAAUCUGAGAACAUACUUGAAGUUGAAAGCCACUAACAUUGGUCAAGUGUGCCUCAACCUCCCAAAUAUUGCCGCCUUCCUCUGUUGGGAUGUUUCUGAGUUGAAGGAUCUUCUGCCACGUGGCAAGCAGGAGGAAGUAACGCAACUAGAUCCUGAGCUUGUCAAGAGACUGUGUGACUUUCUUGGUGUAGCAAAUGGAAACUUGGAUGCAAGCAACAUGGCCACCUUGGCGUUUCUCUACAUCUACAUCUCGUUGUUUGGAUCAGGUGAGCUGCCAAGCCUUACAAUAUCCGUGUGGUCAGAGCUGCCGACCGGAGCAGGAUUGGGUUCGAGCGCAGCCUAUUCAGUGUGUUUCGCUGCAGCUCUGCUUUAUGCAAGUGGAGCCAUUCCCGCUCCAAUCGAAGAGUUGGAACACACCGCCAGCUGGUGUCAGGAGGACCUGGAGUUGAUCAACAGCUGGGCCUUCCUAGGAGAAAUGAUCAUCCAUGGUAAUCCUUCUGGAGUUGACAACGCUGUAGCGACUUGGGGAGGCAUGCUGAGGUUCUUGGACGGGAGGAUAAAACUACUGAGCAGGGUGCCAUUAUUAAGAAUCCUCCUAACGAACACUAAAGUGCCACGUAGCACCAAGGUGCUUGUUGCCAGGGUGAAGGACAAAAUUAACAUGUAUCCCUCCAUUUUGACCUCGGUGCUCGACUCGGUCGAUGCCAUUUCCUCCACUUGUGAGAAGGUCCUCCUAGAGAUGACCAACGAGCCCAUCACAGGAGAGCACUACAAUAUUUUAGAGGAGCUGAUUGAUAUGAACCAGCAUCAUUUGAACGUAAUGGGCGUUGGACAUCCUGCCCUGGAUACCGUGUGUCGGGUCACCCUUGCCAGGGGUCUGCACAGCAAGCUAACAGGUGCAGGGGGAGGAGGCUGUGCCAUUACUCUUCUGAGAUCAGAAACCGAUUCCGCGGUAGUCCAGACUACGAUUCAGGAGUUGAAAGACUGCGACUUUGACUGCUGGGAAACGAGUAUUGGCGGGCCUGGUGUCCAAGUGCAUGCCCCCCUCUCUGUAAAGGAGGAUAUUCUAGGAAUAUUAAACCGUUAUUGAGACAUGGCCAUGGAUGUGCGAGUGAAUACAUUUGAUAUUCAGGUUUGCUCCAAUGAACCAAGGGACAUUUUCGAACCGAGCAAAAAAUGGAGUACAUUGAUUGAAUCAUGCAUCUUGUCGACUAAUAAUUGUAUGUAAUACACUUUCUCCGCUAGAUGGCGAUAGAGUUCCAUAAAGUCUCCUUAUUUUGAGAGUCUGUUUGCUCAAAAUGUUUGCUCAAGUGCAGCGCUGCACUCUUGAUUGUACACUACCAAAAUGAUCAUGAUUGAGUCAAGUCAAGUUUUUAGCUUCACCGAAAACGUCUUUUAAAGCUUGACGUGUUCUGAGCAUUGCAUUCUCUGUCUUCGGAACAUCUCUCAACCUCAAAAACUUUGCUUAUUAUAACUGCAAAGGCUGCAGAUACAGAUGAUGGAUCUGUUUGGAAUAUUCCUGGUUUGGAAAAAGGUCAUCCUGGGAUUUACAAGUUUUUGAAUUUCCUUCUUCCUCCCCCCUUAUAUGUCAUGAAGAUUAAGUUCUGCGGUGUAUGUGAAUAAACGACAUUUGUCACCCUCCCUUUC